ACUUAGUCGCAAAAAGCAGCCGAACCAUGCAUAAUAAAUAAGUGUCGUUCUCCAUGUCCUUAUUUUCCUUCCUCCAAUGCGCAAUGAGUAAGAUCUAGCUUCAUUCAGAGCUCUCGAAAGAAUCAUCAAAGUUGUUUUGUUUGUUGCUCUCAUGUCAUGAUGCAGCACACGACCCAGCGAACCUCGAUUAUGGCCGAAAACGAGCCAAAAAAAAAAAAAAAGAGCGCCCCUUUGUGUGUGUGUUUGUGUGACCCUCGUUGUGUGUUUGCGCAAUCCAACUGACCAAAUUCAGGGCUGAACACGUUGGUGAUUCUUUGCAUCGGCCGGUCUCUCUUUAAGUAGCGCAAAACCCCCAUUUUGUUUCGCAAAACACGUAAGCUAACCGUGUCGCUCGAGUUGCUCCGAUGUGUUUUCCAGCCCUCUAUGGUACGACAUGUCUUCCCAGAGUCCUCCGCUCUGCCCUUGUCCUGUUUUCUUCCGUUGUCUGAUUUCUAUCUUGAUUUUCACCCUGUGCAAUAGAGUUUCAGAUUUAAGUGUGUCAACCAGAGCAAACGUAAGGAAUAUAAUCAUAUUUUCUAUGCUGUCUUUCUUCUCUCUGUUUUGUAAAUCUCCAGAGUCCUUUGGUAAGUUUGUAGAUCUGAGCACACAUGCCUCCCACUAAUGUCUCCACCAUGUUUCUCAAACUACUGUUAAAAUGCAUGGCAUGCAUUUUACUAACGGUGUCGAUAGGCCACCAGAACACACUGACUAGCUGACUAGCAGUAAAGCACACGCUCAGGGCCACGGCAGGACCAACACUGACACUGUCACUCCAUCUGUGUCUCAAAAGCUCACAGCUCAAAGACUCUCCACUGUCCCCCAGUCAAUCAGUCCUCAGCUCCCCUCUCCCGCUAGAUCACGGCCACUGCCACAGGCCUCAGAACGGCCCCUUGUGCUUCAUCCACUGUACCAGUUGCUCUUUGACCUCCUAAAGUGACCAAUGCUCAAUCCUGUGCUUUCCUCCACUAGAGCCAAUGGCUGUCUUUUCUGAAUCUCUCUUUCCUGUUGUAGCCUAAUACAGUCUGUAAGAAAGCAAAGCAAAGCUAAUUUGAUUCUUCUUCCAAAGCGGCCAGCCUCUCUUCUCGUACUAACGACUCUUCUUUCUUAAUCUUAUUUGCAUUCAUAUAAUCCACCCAGGUGGUACGCCAAUAAGAGCUGUGUUCUUGUUCAGCCGCACAUGAGCCCAGAUGUCGGAGACACGCCGGAGACCUCUCUGCCACGAUUUUUCCCCAAAAAACAUCUUUCUGUCUUUACAAACUUCUUUUUUUCGCUCUUCGUCCUCCAUUUGCUUUCCUCUACCUGUACCCUUCUCAAAAGGAGCUAAAAAAGCCCAAACAACCACUUUUUUGAUAAAGUUUCUGCGGUGCUUUUUUCCUUCCACCACCUAUUUUUUCCUUCUUGCUUUUCUUGGGUUGAAGGCUGUUUUCCUUUUUGACGUUUUUAUUUUUUCCAUUCUUCAGGGUUGGGGAAAAGCUAACAGUGGGUCUGGCAGAUGAAACCGAGGUGGCCGUUUUGUGUCGUUUUUUUUUGUUUUUUUUGGUCAUGCUCCUCAGGAGGCCGCGCUUCGGUGCAUUGCAAGAAACCUUUUUCCCUGGGUCAUGUGACACCACACUGCUGAUCCCAUUGGUGGAUUUUUAUGGGUGUCAUUUGUAGCGCAAAGCUAUGGCAGUGAUUGGUUGCUUUCUUGGCGGCGCAAGCCGUUUUGAAUUUUGACCUCUAAUACAAUUGCAUUUUGUUUUUCAGCUAAGGGUUGUCAAAAGGUUGUAAGUUGUGCCGACACACAUUUCUUGUUCUUUGGAAAGAUUUGCAUGUGCUAGAGGUUUAUGUACUGGUAACGAUAAUUCUCCCAACAGAUUUUUUUCUUCUUCCAUUUUUACGAUUCGAGCAGCGCAUUUUUUUUCCUGAAAAUGCUGCGAUUUUUACUGACUUCCACCAUCUGAAGUCCUUGGCCAUUUUAUCGAUCAGUCAAUUUGAAUUGAAUUGAACACCAAAUUUUAUGAUCCAAAUUUAUUUUUUUUUUAAUUGUCCUCCCCCUUUUAUGCUGCUUUUGUAUACUGUAAACCUUUUUUUAUUUGAGCCAUAUGCUGCUGUAUUGCAGUUUUCACUCAUUCCCAUAAUGAACAGUCCUGUGAGAUGUGUAAUAAUAUUGCAGGGCUAACCCCCCCCCCCAUCACCUUUUGUAGACCUCUCAAUUAAUAAUCGAUCAGUAUUAUUAUUGAUUAUUAUUAUCACAGCUCUUUUUCUAAACAGUAAAGCUCAAACGAUUUUGAACCACCUGUACGAUUAAGUGCCUUUAGAAACCCUGCAACAUGUAUCUUGUACUGUAUGUUUUCCUCUCCAUUGAUGUGGUUGUAAAAUGUCCAAGAUAAUUAAUGCUGCAAAGUCUCUUUUCUUUUGGUUCCUUUCUGUGUGCCCUCUCGAAUGUCUACUGCAGUGCUGGCCGCGCUCUUCUCUAGGCCGGCGCCAAGAUAGUCAGCAGGCGAGAUACGAGCUCGCGACACACUUCGAUUUAAGCACCUCGAAAUGACUCCGUUCCUGACAAAAUCAUAAUAUGCAUCGCGGAUCCACCGUGAAAUCCAUCUUUAGUGCCGAAAUUGCUUUCCCAUGAUGCAUCGGGCCUAGAGAAUGAAACACUGCAUUAGACAUUUUAAGGGGAAACAUUUCUACCCCCAGCUUCCAGGAGCUUAGCUUGCAUAAACUGGUUAAGUCUAUACCGAGCUCUCCAAUGCGAGGCAUGCCUGCAGAUGUCACCUCUCAGGGUUAAUCGUCAGUAUAGCGGCAGGCCUUUAGCCUGAGCCAUUUUGUGGCAUUCACCCUUACGGAGAUCUAAACAGAACAAAUAAUGCCAUUCGUAGAGAGAAAUAGGCCUAGCAUGUGAUUUAGUGAAAGUUGUUUAAUGGCUCGUGUUAUUAUUGUAAUUAUCUUUCUCUGCUCGUGUUCUCUCCCACUGUGUAGGAGCGCUGCAAAUCGAACAAAGCGAGGAAUCGGACCAAGGGAAGUACGAAUGUGUCGCGACCAACAACGAUGGCACACGCUAUUCCGCACCUGCCAACCUGUAUGUCAGAGAGCUGCGAGAAGUGAGACGGGUUCCACCCCGGUUCUCCAUUCCCCCGACGGACAAUGAGAUCAUGCCCGGUGGCAGCGUUAACAUCACCUGUGUGGCUGUCGGGUCACCGAUGCCCUACGUUAAAUGGAUGUUGGGGUCGGAGGAUUUGACCCCUGAAGAUGACAUGCCCAUUGGGCGAAACGUGCUGGAACUCACUGACGUCCGGCAGUCAGCCAACUAUACUUGCGUCGCCAUGUCAACGCUGGGCGUUAUAGAGGCAGUCGCGCAGAUUACGGUCAAAGCUUUACCGAAGCCACCAGGUGUUCCCCAGGUAACGGAACGCACUGCAACAAGCAUCACGCUCACAUGGGAUUCUGGGAAUCCCGAACCUGUUUCUUAUUACAUCAUCCAGCACAAGCCCAAAAACUCUGAGGACUCUUUUAAAGAGAUCGAUGGAGUCGCCACCACUCGAUACAGCGUGGGCGGGCUAAGCCCUUACUCCGACUACCAGUUCAGAGUAGUCGCAGUGAAUAAUAUUGGACGCGGGCCUCCCAGCGAAGCCAUCGAGGCCAAAACAGCUGAGCAAGCGCCGAGUACCGCCCCACGGCAAGUCCGAGGGCGCAUGCUAAGUGCUACGACUGCCAUCAUCCACUGGGAUGAACCCGAGGAGGCAAAUGGGCAGAUUACGGGCUACAGGGUUUACUACACCACUGAUCCCAGCCAGCACGUCAACCAAUGGGAGAAACAGAUUGUAAGGACUUCCAACUUCCUCACCAUUCCAGGCCUGACACCCAAUAAGACUUACUACAUCAAGGUCCUGGCCUUCACCUCUGUAGGAGAUGGACCGCUCUCAUCUGAUUUGCAGAUCAUAGCCAAAACUGGAGUGCCCUCUCAACCAACGGACUUCAAAGGCGAAGCCAAAUCUGAGACGAGCAUCUUGCUGUCGUGGAACCCUCCAACUCAGACGGGCCAGGACAAUCAAAUCGUCGGAUACGAGCUGCUCUAUAAGAAAGGAGAUGACAAAGAGGAGAAACGAGUAAGCUUUGAGCCCACCACAACCUAUUUACUGAAAGAUCUGAAGCCGUUCACUACGUACACGUUUCAGCUGGCCGCUCGCAGCAAACACGGCAUCGGCGCAUAUACCAAUGAGAUCUCAGCCGAAACACCUCAGACACAGCCCUCAGCGCCACCCCAGGAAGUCAAGUGUACUAGUCCCAGUUCUACCAGCAUUCUGGUAAGUUGGAAGCCACCCCCGGUGGAGCUCCAAAACGGAAUCAUGACCAAAUACACCAUCCAGUACGCAGCGACCGAAGGCGACGAUACCUCGUUGCGGCAAGUCUCGGACAUACCGCCAGAAAAGUACCAUUAUCUGUUGGAAAACUUGGAGAAAUGGACGGAAUACCGCGUGACAGUGAGCGCCCACACUGAAGCGGGAGAAGGCCCUGAGAGUUUACCUCAGCUAAUCCGUACAGAGGAGGAUGUGCCCAGUGGCCCUCCUCGUAAAGUCGAGGUGGAGGCUGUCAACUCCUCGUCUGUUAAAGUGCUGUGGCGGUCGCCGGUGCCGAGCCGGCAGCACGGCCAGAUCCGUGGGUACCAGGUGCACUAUGUCAGGAUGGUUAAUGGGGAACCCGUUGGGCACCCUGUCAUCAAGGACAUCCUGAUCGAUGACGCUCAGUGGGAGUAUGAUGAUUCAGCCGAACAUGAAUUAAUCCUUACCGACCUGCACGCUGAGACCACGUACUCGGUUACGGUCGCCGCUUACACAACCAAAGGCGACGGAGCGCGCAGCAAACCCAAGCUGGUCACCACCACCGGAGCCGUUCCGGAAAAGCCUCGUCUCAUGGUGAGCCCAACGAACAUGGGCACGGCAUUACUGCAGUGGCACCCACCGACCAACACCUAUGGCCCGCUGCAAGGCUACCGGCUGCGAUUCGGCCGCAAGGACGUGGAGCCCCUGACCAUCAUCGAGUUCUCCGAGCGCGAGAACCACUACACCACCAAAGAGAUCCACAAGGGGGCAUCCUACACCUUCCGCCUCUCGGCGCGCAAUAGGGUGGGAUUCGGAGAGGAGACGGUGAAGGAGAUCACCACGCCCGAGGACACUCCUGCCGGUUACCCACAAGGCAUCGUAGCCCAAAGUAGCACGACCACCACUAUUCAGGUCAGCUGGCAGCCUGUGGCGUUAGCCGAGCGCAACGGAGCCGUUAUCAAAUACGCCCUUCAGUACAAAGACAUCAACAGCCCUCGUAGCCCCUCAGAACUGUUCAUCACAGCACCCGAGUCCACCGUCACGCUGGACGGCCUUAAAGCAGACACCACGUACGAUAUUAAAAUGUGUGCCUUCACCAGUAAGGGCCCCGGUCCUUACAGUCCUAGCGUCCAGUUCAGAACGCAACCCAUCAACCAAGCAGUGUUUGCAAAAAAUUUUCACGUGAGAGCUGCCAUGAAGACCUCGGUGCUGCUGACGUGGGAGAUUCCCGAGAACUACAACCCCGCGCAGCCGUUUACGAUCCUGUACGAUAAUGGACAGAGCGUGGAGGUGGAUGGGAAGCUGACGCAGAAGCUCAUCACCAACCUUCAGCCGGAGACGCAGUACUCCUUCCUGCUCACCAACCGUGGGAACAGCGCCGGAGGACUGCAGCACCGCGUCUCCACCAUGACAGCGCCUGACAUACUGCGCACCAAACCCUACCUGAUCGGCAAGACCAACUCAGACGGCAUGGUCACAGUCGAGCUGCCCACUGUUCAGACGGCUGAGAAAGUGAAGGGUUACUACAUAGUGGUGGUGCCGCUGAAGAAGCAGCGGCCCGGAAAGUUCAUCAAACCCUGGGACAGUCCGGACGAGAUGAAUCUGGAGGAGCUGUUGCGAGAAAUCAACCGAACGAGUCGCGCUCUUCGCUUCCGUCGGCAGAUGGAGCCCAAGCCGUACAUCGCCGCGUAUUUCCGAGAUCUGCCGACAGAGUUCACGCUGGGAGAUGCCAAGAUGUACGGAGACUUCGAGAACAAACAGCUGCUCAAUGGACAGGAGUACGUCUUCUUCGUUCUGGCAGUGCUGGAGAUCUCCGACAACAUGUUGUACUCGGCGAGUCCGUACUCUGAUCCGGUGAUGUUUGCCGAUAUUGACCCGCAGCCCAUAAUCGAUGAAGAGGAGGGUCUGAUCUGGGUGGUGGGGCCCGUGCUGGCCGUCAUCUUCAUCAUCUGCAUCGUCAUCGCCAUCCUGCUGUAUAAGAGCCGCUUCCACUGGAGCAGUCAACCAGACAGGAAAAGGGCAGAGUCAGAGGCCAGGAAAGGCAGUCUGCCCAGCGGUAAAGAAUUGCCCUCCCAUCACCCCACAGACCCCGUGGAGUUACGCCGUCUGAACUUCCAGACUCCCGGUUCAGCCACAUCGGUUUACCCCAGUAACCUCCAUUUGUCAAGGAUGGCCAGUCACCCUCCCAUUCCAGUCAUGGAGCUGGCCGAUCACAUCGAACGCCUGAAAGCAAAUGACAACUUGAAGUUUUCACAGGAGUAUGAGUCGAUCGAUCCCGGUCAGCAGUUCACGUGGGAGCACUCCAACCUGGAGGUCAACAAACCAAAGAACAGAUACGCAAACGUCAUCGCCUACGAUCACUCCAGAGUCCUGCUCUCCGCCAUCGAUGGUAUUCCAGGCAGCGAUUACAUCAAUGCAAACUACAUCGACGGCUACCGGAAGCAGAACGCUUACAUCGCCACUCAAGGCGCGCUGCCCGAGACCUUCGGCGAUUUCUGGCGGAUGAUCUGGGAGCAGCGGAGCGCAAACAUCGUCAUGAUGACCAAACUGGAGGAAAGAUCCAGGGUGAAGUGUGACCAGUACUGGCCCAACAGAGGGACGGAGACGUACGGACUCAUUCAGGUCACGCUGCUGGACACGGUGGAGCUGGCCACGUACUGCGUCCGAACGUUUGCACUUUACAAGAACGGCUCCAGCGAGAAGCGAGAGGUGCGGCAGUUCCAGUUCACGGCGUGGCCGGAUCACGGCGUCCCGGAGCAUCCCACGCCGUUCCUGGCCUUCCUGCGCAGAGUCAAGUCCUGCAACCCGCCGGACGCCGGACCCAUGGUGGUGCACUGCAGUGCCGGCGUGGGUCGGACCGGCUGCUUCAUCGUCAUCGAUGCCAUGCUGGAGCGAAUUAAACACGAGAAAACGGUGGACAUCUACGGUCACGUGACGCUCAUGCGCGCUCAGAGGAACUACAUGGUCCAGACAGAAGACCAGUAUGUCUUUAUUCACGACGCGCUCCAGGAGGCCGUCACCUGCGGCACCACCGAGGUUCCCGCCCGAAACCUGUACGCCUACAUCCAGAAACUCACGCAGAUCGAGUCUGGAGAGAACGUCACCGGGAUGGAGCUGGAGUUUAAGCGGUUAGCGAACACAAAAGCUCACACCUCACGGUUCAUCAGUGCCAAUCUGCCCUGCAACAAAUUCAAAAACAGACUGGUUAACAUCAUGCCCUACGAGUCCACGCGCGUCUGUCUGCAGCCAAUCAGAGGAGUCGAGGGCUCCGACUACAUCAACGCCAGCUUCAUCGACGGAUACAGGCAACAGAAGGCCUACAUCGCCACGCAGGGUCCUUUAGCCGAAACCACAGAAGACUUCUGGAGGAUGCUGUGGGAACACAACUCCACCAUCGUCGUGAUGCUGACCAAACUCAGAGAGAUGGGCAGAGAAAAGUGCCAUCAGUACUGGCCAGCAGAGCGUUCAGCCAGAUAUCAGUAUUUUGUGGUGGAUCCAAUGGCUGAAUACAACAUGCCGCAGUACAUCCUGCGAGAGUUUAAAGUGACGGACGCACGGGACGGACAGUCACGGACCGUCAGGCAGUUCCAGUUCACAGACUGGCCAGAACAAGGCGUGCCAAAAUCAGGGGAAGGCUUCAUCGACUUCAUCGGCCAAGUGCAUAAAACAAAAGAGCAGUUUGGUCAGGAUGGACCCAUAUCGGUCCACUGUAGUGCUGGCGUGGGCAGGACGGGCGUCUUCAUCACACUCAGCAUCGUUCUGGAGCGCAUGCGCUAUGAAGGAGUGGUGGACAUCUUCCAGACGGUCAAGAUGCUAAGAACACAGCGGCCAGCGAUGGUCCAGACCGAAGAUCAGUACCAGUUUUGUUACAGAGCUGGGUUGGAGUAUCUCGGGAGCUUCGACCACUAUGCAACAUAAGAUCUUCGUCACGCUGUCAGGGAGACGGAUCGGCCAUCGGACAUCCAGCGGUCAUUUAAUUCUUCUGAGCCAUAAAUACCUGCUUGUGAAAAGAACUUAAACUCUUCGAUUACAUGUUGGAUGUGCAACGUAAACCUAGAAAUACUUACAAAUGACAAUAAAAAGACAAAUAUCCAGGUGGACCAAGAAAAAUCACCCCGAUCUGACUUCAAAAGUAAAUCAUGAAUAAAUAAAUAGUAAUAAUAAUAAUAAUAAUAAUGAUAAUAAUUUCAGACAGGUGAAUCUAGACUGCUGAAGUGCGGAAUAAUCGCAGCUUCGAGGAUUCAUGAAUCAUAAAGGAGUCAACGAACACAGACGCUGUGAGACGGGGAGCUCGAGACACGGUGUAAAGAGAAUUUGUUUUGUUCCACAAUCAAUACGAGGAGAUACAUCACUGAUGAAGAGAGGAGACUUCAUCACGACCACCACCACCACCACCAUCAUCAUCAUCAUCAUCAUCGCCAUCAUCAAAGAAAACUAAAUGAACAGAGCUGAAGUAAUAACUACAACAUGCCGAUCGUUCGAUUAGACGUCUGGAGAAACCACACAAAUAAUGCAUACCAACUUUUGUUUCACGUUUCGUGGUGUUUUCCUCUCUUUUAUGAAAGAAUUCAGCGUAGACUGACUGUAUUUCUCAUGUUUUUUUUUUCUGAUGUGCGCACCCAUGUGCCCUCCUUCAUUCAUCGUUUUGCUGGUGGUUUGUGGCGUUUUGUUUCAAACACACACGCUGAAUCAUGGGGUGGGCAGAGUAUAAAGGUUAGAAGAUGUCUCAGUUCUUCCAUGAGCAGAGAGAGAGAGAGAUAUUAAUAAAGUCUUUAUUUAUAUAACCUCGAAAUGUAUAUUCACAAAAUAUAGAUAUAUAGAUGGUAUAAUAUAUGAAAAUGAUGGUGGGUUUUCCGCUGGAAUGCACAUCAGCAGGACGGACGGACAGACGGACACGCAUCUUUUCUUGUGCAAUAACUAGACGUUUUAUGGCCGGAGGGUUCAAUACGCGUCGGUUUAACGAGGGCGGGGCGAUCGUCGUCAUGUUCACAAGCUCAUGGGUCAAAGGUCAUCGUCAUGCAUCCGUUAGGCCACAGGUACAAAGACGUCCACGUGUUCAUUCUUUUGCAUUUAGAGUGCCUUAUAUUUAUGCCUGUUCUUUUUUACGAUAUUCAUUUAACGACGUGUAUAGUUUAAGUAGUUCAUGUACGAGUAUUUAUCGAUUGAUUUCCCACGCGUAUGGAUUUAUAGUCUAUGAAAUUAUAUAUGCAAAUACGUAAUUCCAUCAAUACUGUUUAAUUUUCUGUGGCAUUAAUUUGGCUCAGAGAAAAUAAAAAUGACAAGGGUACGACAAAGAAAGAAUGCGCACGAUAACAGUCAGGCCCGAUACUGUUAAGUCAUUUCUGUUGUUAUUUUGUUAGUUCCCCAAAGGCACCGAGGCAAAUUAUUUACGUCUUUUUAAGACCAAGCUUUGGCGUCAAAUUCCCCGUCAUUUUCAGUCGUCGGUGGCGGAAAAUGAAAUCAAAUAAACGCCAAGAUAAAUGAAAGACCCUGACAAACCUGCAAAGCUCUUGCUGAUAAGUUACUAAGUGUUUUAACGUGCGAAUUUCACGACUAGAAUAUUACGAUUCGACACUUGAACCUCACUGGCUUUGUGGAUGUGCAUUCCAGAUGCUUAUUUUCCCCUUUCUUGUUUCGAAUAGAAAAAGCGUUGUAUUGUUUUGACUCUUUCUGUUUCUGUUGAUUUUGGAUGUUUUCAUCAUCAUAUGUUGAGCAACAGGCAGCCGUUGCGUAACUGUCAGCGCCACCUAGUGUUCAGCGCUUCAAUGUGCUCCACUUCAGCUUUUCUUUCCCUCUUCUGGAUCUUAUUUGAUAUGCAUGAGUUCAACUGCAGUGGGGGCGAGUAGGAAGAAUUGCACUUUGUAUCUCUUUAUCUCUAUGCACUGCCCUACUGAUUCCGCACCCAUUACGGAUUUUACUUGAACCCGACUGUACGAAUCUCCUUCAGACUUCACUUGGUGUGUAUGUAAAUAACACAGAAAAGAGACUACCCAAGUAAUGAGAGAGAGAAAAAAAAAAGAUUAAGAGAAAGGAAAAACAAAUCGGUUGCGAAAAAAAGAGCAUCUUUAGCAGGUGAUUUCAAAGUGUCACUUCUUCCCCCGUUGAAAGACUGAAGCGUCACGAGCGCAAACGUACACAUGGUGUUUCUAAGCUCCCUGUUACUCUCACAUCUGGAUGCAUAGACUGAAAUUAAUUCAAUUCAAUUGUAAAGAAAAAAUGGCUUGUUAAAAAAAGAAUCAUGAAAUUACCUCUGAUUAGUUGUAAAUGUAAACUGUUUUUUGAUUUGAUUUGAUUUGAUUAUUUUUUUUCUUUCUGAAUGAAUGGAGUGCUUUUUAUUUUCAUACUUAGAUGACAUUGGUGAAAAGACACAUCUGUACGAGAAGCCGUCCUUCUGUACUUUGCUGACACAAGUUCCAUUUGUUAUAAAUGAAUUCUAUUAAAAAAUGUAAGUGUUA